AUGCUGGAUAGGGUGUGUCGAGGGGAGGAGAUACCGGAGGCGGAGGUGGAGGUUGCGAACAGGGAGCGGGAUGGGGUGAUUCCCGAUUUAGGGGACGACGAGGAGGAGCCGAGGGAGCAGCUUGGGAGGCAGACGGUGAAGAUGUCACCUGCGGCCGACAUGAAUGCGACUCAGCAUGAUGAAGAGGUGGAACAAGUGGCAUCGCCAGCGGUUUGGGCGAGUUUUUCGUUUUCGGGGCAAUCUCUUGCUGCGCUCAAAGCAGCGGCUCUGGAAACUGCCACCAGCAAGAGGAUCUCCACCGACGACACGCUCACCGCGUUCAUUUUCCAGUCUAUCACCCGCGCUCGAUACCACCGCCUUCGAGAUGACCCAAGCGCCACGUGCACGCUGGGCCGCGCUGUCGACGCCCGCCGGUACCUCAAAAUCCCUGCGACCUACCCCGGCCUCCUGAACAACAUGGUCUUCCACUCUCACUCCAUCCAAGAAACCAUCUCAACACCCCUGGGCGUACUCGCGUCGGAGCUUCGGCACGAGGUGGACCCCGCCACAUCUCGGAUCGGACUGUACACGCGCGCACUAGCCGCACUUCUCCAUCGAACCCCCGGCAAGGGGAGCAUCUCUAUGGGAGCGAACAUCAAUCUCUCCCGUGACAUCAUGAUUAGUUCUUGGGCUGGUGCCGGUGCAGAUUGCUAUGAGAUGGAUUUCGGGAUGGAGUUGGGGGUUCCUGCUGCGGUGAGGAGGCCAGUGUUCGUUCCCGUCGAGGGACUGGGGUAUUUAUUGCCGAAGCAUCCGAGCGGGGAGAUUCCGUUGGUGAUUUGUUUAAGGGAGGAAGAUAUGGAGCUUUUGAAGGGGGAUGAAGAGUGGAGGAGGUGGAUGGGCUAA